AUGGAAGAUCUUUCAAAUGGAUUUCAAGAACGCCUUUUGAAUGGUGACCUCCAUGAAGAGGUUUAUAUGAAUCCUUUCCUAGGAAUUCUGCACCGUCCGAGUGAGGUUUGUCGGCUUCGCAAAGAUUUGUAUGGUCUCAAGCAAGCUCCUCGUACUUGGUUUAAGAAACUCUCCAUAGUGAUUACUUCUCUUGGAUUUGUCCAGAGUAAUCACGCUUCUGCUCUGUUUGUUAGAUGCUCGAUUGCAGGACGGAUUCUUUUAUCCUUAUAUGUGGAUAACAUGAUUAUCACGGGUGAUCACCAUGGUGGCAUUAGGUCUUUGAAGCAUGAUCUAGCUCAUCGAUUUGCUAUGGAGGAUUUGGGCUUGCUGCGCUAUUUCUUGGGUAUUGAGGUACUCAGUCUACGAAAGGGUAUCUUCUUUCCCAGACUAAAUAUAUAUGACUUGUUUAGACGGGCGGACCUCUGUGACAAUCAGACUGUUGAUACUCCUCUUGAAACCAAUGCACGAUAUUCUCCUACUGAUGGUAUUCCUUUUUCCGAUCUGAAUCUUUAUCGCACUGUUGUGGGAAGUUUUGUCUAUCUCACAGUCACUCGUCCAAAUAUUGCUCAUGUUGUUAAUGUUUUCAAUCAGUUUGUUACGGCUCCUACCUCUUUACGUGCCUAUAGUGAUGCUGAUUGGGAUGGCGAUUGUCAUGAUCGUAAGUCCACUACUGGAUUUUGCAUAUUUCUUAGAGAGUCUCUAAUUUCAUGGAAGAGAAAGAAACAAGACGUUGUCUCUAGAUCUUUCACGGAGGCUGAAUAUCGUGCUAUGGCUGUAAAUACAUGUGAGAUUAUCUGGACAAGUAGUGUGAAUGUCAGCACUGUUGUUGCCCCUGCACCAAUUUUACCAUCUAAAAUUACUGGAAAGAUUGUUGAGCAGUAUGUUCAGUUGCCUAUAAUGGUAGAAAAAUUCAAGUUGGUUUUGGCUAAAGAUAAAAUUAUGAAGGAGUGGAGUGUGGAGGUCCAGGAAUGA